AUACAACGACUUGAUAUUCAGACAGGAACUGUAGUGAAAAGUUUUGGAAAAAAAGGCAGAGAAAAAGGAGAGUUUGGCAAUCCAAUGAACGUUACUGUGGAUAAUAAAGAACGCAUUGUUGUAACCGAGUGGGGAAAUGGUAGGAUACAGGUGGUGUCAAAGGAAGGAGAGUCUAUUUUCACAUUUGGAGACAAAGGACCAGAGAAACUUGAUGGUCCAACCUGUUGCAUUCUUAACAAAAACAUAUUUCUCGUAUCUGAUGGAGGCAAUAACUGCAUAAAAGCUUUUGAUCAGUCAGGAACAUUGUUAUACAAGUUUGGCGAACAAGGGUAUCAAGUUGGAAAAUUUAAAGCACCGUAUGGUUUGCUUGUAGACAGCUCUAAUAAUCUUCUAGUAUGUGACUUGGGCAAUAACCUAGUUCAGCAGUUUUCUUUAGACGGUCGCUUCACCGGCAAAAGUAUCACUCGUUUAUCUCAGCCUAUGGCGAUAUUAACAGCAACAGACGGGCGUUUUCUUGUCACUAGCUAUGAUGAGAAAAAAGUGUACAUUUUGAAAUAGACUCUUUCAAAAGUGAACUUUGCUUCUUGAGCCGCUCCUUACCUGUGUUUUGUUUUAUUUUUAAUACUGUUUUAUCAUUUGUCUGGAAGAACUCUUAGCGAUAAUAUCAAGACUUACAACUACACUUGGAGACAAAAACCUUUUGACUCGAAGUAAUUAGCCCAGGUCUUUUAGAUUUGUCAAUUUCAGUCCGUUUUAAUCUUUUCCAUCCCUCGCCACUUGACCAUCCAUGUUUCUUCUCGGUUUAUUAAGUUCUUUUUUAACUGUUUUUUCUACGAUCUAAAGUGUUUACUUUUUUAAAGGUCAAUGUGUUGUAUUUUUUGUUCCAUAUAAUAAGGAGAGACGAAUUAGAAAUGCAUUGAAUAAAUGAGACUUAAAAGUUAUUUACAGUUUGUUGUUAUGAAUGAUUAGAAAAUAAUUUCCGGUUUUAAAUUGAAAUGUUUUUUAUCUCUUCCCUUUUUCCAACCCCCCCCCCCCUCCCCCUCCCUCCUGAUUUCUCGCGAACAAAGUGCGAGCGAACCGGGAAGCGAAAUAAGCAAGCGACAUGAGGCUUAUUUGCAUAGAUUAGCUCGCGUGCCUUGCUGCAUGACUUUGAAUUCUCCUUCCCUCAUAAUUACCGAUGUUGUUGAACAACAUACCCUAUUCAACAACAAAAGCUACAACACUUGCAACAAAUAACAAAUAAUUUAACUGUCCGUGCAUGUUUGAUAAUCUCACCUUAAUUCACAAUUGUCCAUUUUCGUAACGUGACGGCGUUUCGUUUCGAAAAUAAACUGUUUAUUAAAGCUAUUAAGUAUGAUUUCCAUCAUCUACUGAAACGAAUAAACUGAAGUAAACAGAUACAGUUAUAAGUCACAAACUGAAGAGAUCAACAAAUUCAUUGAAUGUGAUCAGUCAAAACCAUAAGCGUUUAGAUAUCUGUGUUUUCAAAGAUCUCUGGCAAUGAAUAAACCGAAGAUAUAAACUUCAAGUAAGACAGAUGAGAAAUAUAGUCGAAUGUCUCGCCAAAGGAAUGCAAAUCACAAAUUAUUGUUUCAGUUUCAGCUGAUGACGUUGUUGUCAGCCAAAUUUCCUUUUCUGUAAGAAGAGGCUGCCACUGACGAAGGAGUAAGUCUAAAUUCUGAAAUACGAUUGGUCAGAGGAAGUCAGCUGUCAUGGACUUUGUGCUGUUUUCUUGGAAACUGAAAUAGUAGCUGCUAUUUCGUAGAAGUGUUUUUAAAGGGCUCGUCACUUAAACGAAGCAGUUUACUACAGUUUAAGGCGAUCGUAAUGAAUCCUCUCUUAAAGAGUCUCAAGAAACAAGUUACUUGCUCGAUUUGUCUCGAUAUCUACACCGAGCCUAAAACUAUAUCAUGUCUUCACACAUUUUGCUGUCAGUGUUUAGAGAGACAUGCAAGAGUAAGCCAGAGACAAGGGAAAUUCAGAUGCCCCGAGUGUCAGGCAGAAAUCGAUUUACCGCAAGGAAAUCACUUUGACCUUUUGCCUAACAGCUUUUUUCACAAAAGUCUGUUAGGUGUCCUUGAAGGGGAAGAUCGCCAAGCCAAACAACAGGACACUUGCUCGGAACAUACGGAAGAAAGAGUACGAUAUUACUGCUCCUCUUGUGAGGCGUGUAUUUGCCCAAUUUGCGUCGCCGAAGACCACCGAGGCCAUGCGUUUGAUGUGCUUGAAAAAGCAGUGCAGGAGGAUAAGAAAAACAUCAAUUUGACUGUCGAGAUCAUCAACGAAAAGGCAAACUUGUUUGGAGCAGAGUUGAGAAAUUUAGAGAAAACAUCUGAGGACGUGGAAAUGAUUAUCGCAAUCGCUAAAAAAGAAGUUUCGGAGGCAACUGAACGCGUAAUCACAAAGACGCGACAGCAAGAAAAACAGUUCUUAGAGUCUUUAGAGAUAACGCGUAGGAGGAGAAUAGAACGAAUCAACUCGGCUAAACAAGAACUGGAAUCUCUAAUAAAAAAAUUUAACCAAGCAGCUGAAUUUGCGAGGAAUCUGGUGGAGCGAAGAUCAGCUGUGGAUAUCAUACAGAACAAAAACAAAUUGAGGUUGAAACUUGAAGAGCUUCGUAGAGUUGAAGUUCCAAAACAUCGCCAGGCUACAUUUGUCAAGUUUACCGCUGCAUCGCAACACAACUUUAAACUGGGUUCUAUUCAAGUCUCUGAGAAGCCGGCAAUCGCAGCUAAAUCAACUCUAGAAGGACUGGAUCAAACUUUUCGGGUUGGUGUAGAAGCAGAGUUUAUGUUACGCCCAUGGACAUCUGGAGGAGAAAUGAGUGACCACGCUGAACUCAAAGAUCAAGUCGAAUUGCUAAUAACACCUGCCAAAGAUGUGACAAACGUGACUGUUGACGAGGAAUACGACGGAAUUGUUAGCCUGAAGUUUACACCCAAAGUACCUGGGGCCUACAGCAUUGAAGUGAAGAUUAAUGGCGAUAAACUACCGACCUGUCCCAUGACCGUGCAGGUCAAAGAACUUGAACUUGUUGUGGUCGGUGAGUUGAAGAUAGUGCUCUUUCCAGGGGACACGCUUGAACGGUUAUUUGGAGUUGCUGUGAAUACAGAAGGCCAGAUAGUUGUGACAGAUAACCUUGGCAACUGUGUUUAUGUUUUUGAUAAAGAUGGCAACUGUAUGAGAAAAAUUGGAAGCAAGCGUAGCCAUACAGGACAAUUUCAGUGCCCUAAUGGCAUUUCGUUCUUAAAUGACAACGAAGUCCAUAUUGCAGACUUAAAGAAUUGCAGAAUACAACGACUUAAUAUUCAGACAGGAACUGUAGUGAAAAGUUUUGGAAAAGAAGGCAGAGAAAAAGGAGAGUUUGGCGGGCCAGUAGACGUUACUUUGGAUGAUGAAGAACGCGUUGUUGUAACCGAGUGGGGCAAUAAUAGGAUACAGGUGAUGUCAAAGGAAGGAGAAUCUAUUUUCACAUUUGGAGACAAAGGCCCAGAGAAACUUCAUUAUCCAAGCUGCUGCGUUCCUUACAAAAACAUGUUUCUCGUAUCUGAUGCAGGGAACCACUGUAUAAAAGCUUUUGAUCAGUCAGGAACAUUCUUAUACAAGUUUGGCAAAAAAGGGUAUCAAGAUGGAGAGUUUAAAAUGCCGCAUGGUUUGCUUGUAGACAGUUCCAAAAAUCUUCUAGUAUGUGACUCUGGCAAUAACCGAGUUCAGCAGUUUACUUUAGAUGGUCGCUUCACCGGCAAAACUAUCACUCGUUUAUCAGACCCCACUUCGAUAACAACAGCACCAAACGGGUGUAUUCUUGUUACUAGCUUUGAUGAGAAAAAAGUGUACAUUUUAAAAUAGCCGCCCCUUACUUGUGUUUUGUUUUAUUUUUAAUGCUGUUUGAUAACUCGUCUGGAAGAACGAAGAACUGUUAGCUAUAAUAUCAAGACUUACAAUUGCUCUUAGAGACAAAAACUUUUGACUCGAAGUAAUAAGCAAGCACGAGAAGUAAGGUGACAACUUUUUUAAAAAAUGGGCAUCCACUGGGUAAUUACGUCAUAAUUAGGUCGUUACUAAUUUUCUAACUAAGCUUAAGUGUUAGCUCUAAACUUUUUUGAAAAAUAGUCAGGUUUUAUUCCAUAUAAUAAGGCGAGACAAAUUUGGAAUGCAUUAAAUAAAUAUGAUCUAAAAGUUGUAGUUAUGAAUGAUUAUAAAAUAACAUCCGGUUUGAAAUAUAAAAAACAUUUUGAAAUAAAGUUAUUUGAAAAAUGCAUUGGGAAACAUCACUUCAACAAUUGCAAAAUCAUCAGUACCUUGAUUUCCUUGGAAAAUAAAAAAAGAGUUUAUGGCGAGUUCAUUUAUAUUCUAACUGUAACUGGCUUUCAUAAAACCGGAGCUGAGGCAACAAAACUUCAUACCUCUUCAUGCAACAAAAACAGGGAUAAGCUGUGGUAGGGAAGAGUCACUAUAUUAGCGAUGUAAGAUUAACCCUCACACAUUUGAACACGUUUUUUGCACCAUUUAAAAGUAUGCUUACCCGUAAUCGGCUAAACUGCAGCAAUUUCAUGCUCAUAUAAACUCACUUAAAUAUUUGUCAGUACAUUUCCUUGAUUGCGCAGUGAACUUGACACUCAUCCCGUGGAAGAAGCGAGUUCACAGGGUUGAGUUUUUCACGUUGUCAGUCGCAUGUGCCACAACAAUCACAGCUCUUGCACAUAUUGCAGACCUAAGUAGCUUCUCUUAAUCCUGCAACAAGUUUUAGAGAGUAAAUGUAGCGGGGUCUUUUUUUCAUCUCUUGGUGAUAAUUACCUUUCCUAGUAAAGAAAAGGGCAUAACGAUAAGGUAAUAGAAAUGAACAAAUAAAUUUAUCAACAAAUAAAAAAUUGCGUGGAAUAAAAAAAUACAUAAAACGUGACUGGAAAUAAAUGUCGUCCCAUUUCUGCCAUAAACCAUCAGAAACGCGGGCGCAUUGUUCAGAAAUUUAAUCUUUUGUACAAAACUAGAUGGAACAAACUAAAUAAAGUGCUCAUUCCACAGAGGAGGCGAGGUCACAAUUCCCUUGCUGGCGACACAGCUGACCACAAUAACUGACGUCCUUGACUCGACUCAGUUUCCAAAACACUCCCAAGGCGCUACCAGCAAGCAAUCUUACGUUGAACUUUGGAGGAUUUGGCUGGCAGGUGUGCGCUUGCGUUGCACGAAAGGCACUUCCUGUAAAGUAAAAUGUGAAAAAAAGGACGUUUUGAAUCAGAUAAGGCUAGCGUGGUUUUAAUUCGAUUAAAUCAGGUGCGAGUGAUUUCUUCUGAAUGAGCGAUUCACACAUCUUUUCUGAUAAGCGCUUCUCUCGAGUGUCGUUUAUUUCUUGCGCGUGUUUCUGGCAUUCCUGCCGAGCUCAUGUUAGUUAGGCUAAUUUUGUCACAAGGGUCUUAACGGAAAGCAAAGCAUGCAGCGAUUUCAUGCUCAUAUAAACUCGCAUAAAGAUUUCUCAAUACAUGUCCCUGAUUGCCCAGCGAACUUGACACUCAUCCCGUGGAAGUGGCGGGUUCACAGAAUUGGUUUUUAAACGUUGAUAAUCGCUCGUGCCACAACAAUCACAGCUCUUGCACAUAUUGCAGACCUAAGAAGCUUUUCUUUAUCCUGCAACAAUAGUUUGAUGUAUACCUCUUUGCCGGAAUCAUAUGACCGGAAAUUUUUACAUUAUUGUUCUUUCGACCACUUCUUUCAUCAAAAAAUACUUUUGGAAAAAAAAAUGAAAAGUUUAAAGGAGUAAAUGUGGUGCUUUUUCCAUCUCUUCUAUAUUUGCUUAUUUUUAUUGCGUUGUGAUAAAUCGGAAAAAAAUUUCACUCCCAUUUCUUCCACCAAACUAUCAGAUAUGCAGACACAUUGUUCAUUAACGGAAGCUUUUUUGUAAAACUAAAUGGAACAAAUUAAUGAUUUGGUGAUCAGACAAUUUGUCUGCGCUAGCAAAUAAACAUGAAUCACCAUUGCGGACCUAUUUCUACCGCGAAACUUCUAGUCAGUUCAGACAAAUGGGAGGUAUCCAUAAUUAAUAUGAAUAUAUCAGUGGACAUUUUCAUUUGUUGAGAUAAAGAUCUAGCGCAAGAAAAUUUAAAAGAGUUCGUAGUUCGUUUUAAUCUCUCCACUCGCUCCAUACCCCCUCCACUCUGUUACGAGUAAAUUGAAGUGUCGUCUUGUUAUUUCUUUAACCUUCGAUUCACUUUUCGCUUCCCAGUUUUACAAAUUGUAUUUCGCUUUAAGAGCCUCAAUGAUUCGACAGUCAAUAAAAUUCCAGGACAUUGAAAGGAAUACGUUUAAAAAUAAGAUUCAGGGCGACAGAUAAACAGUUGUAAGUCACAAACUGAAGAGGUCAACUAAUCUAUUGAAUUUGAUCAGUCGUGUCAUGACAGAUUUCAGCACCGUUUUCUCGGAAGUCUAAAUAUAGUGGUAAAAAGCAGCUUUAGGGUUUUUCAAAAGAAAACUAUUUAUUUUAUGUUUUCCAAUUGUUCUCAAAUUUUUGAAUGAAGUUUUCCCUUUAGUCUAAAUCCACGAAUUCUUUUAUCCUUUAUCCAACGGCAGAUUUCCAAACAUUUUAAAUCUCUUACCAAGACAACUGUAAAUUCACUUCAAUCAUAUCGCAAUAGAUAAACAGUCUAACUUUACAAUAGAGGUCAACUGAACCAUGAAGUGACAGCCUUAAUUAUAAAUAAGUUGACGGCUGACUUAGUUCUGUUUUCUAGGAAUCUGAAACAAAGCCGGUUUGUUUGAAUCUUUUUAUGCACUGUCCAUCCUUUUGUAAAGCUACAGGCAAUUAAUCAUUUCUUCCACGGACUCCUCGAAAUGCACAUCGAUGACGGUCUAAGAACUAAGAAGAACAAUCUCACAAAAGAUUUGCGGUCCUAUUGUGAAACGACUGAGUUCUAAAAACGUUCGGGUAGAAGUGGUCCUUAACCCUUUAAUCCCUGAGAGUGAUCAGCAUCUGAUUUCUCCUUUCAAUAUCACCCAUGAAUCAAACAUUAAGGUCUUAAGAAUAAAGGAAAUGAUAAUGAACUGAAGAACCUAUUGAUUGCUAAACAAAUUCUCCUUGCCAACACAUCAGAGACCAGUAUGGAGAAUGUGCAUACUGAUGCUAGGGUGUAAAUUUCCUUUUAUGAUAAAUUACACGAAGAUUAAUUCGACCAUUCACUUUAAAUAUGCGAAAAAAAAGUAUUGUUUGCUGCGUUUUUCCAAAUCACUUUUAUUCCAAAUCUUGUCUCUAAUUCCUUUUAUUUGAAACAACUUUAGUCACCCAAAGUUUAGUAGUCUAAAAUAGAGGUUUUAUCUCAGUCAACGAGGUCUUUUUAUCCUCACAAAAAGGUCAGCUAAGUCCUGGAAUGCAAUUGGCCAAAGGAAGUCAGCUGUCAUGGACUUUGUGCUGUUUUCUCGGAAACUGAAAUAAUAUCUCUGAUUUCGUAUAACUGUGUUAACAGGGCUUGUCGCUUGAAUUACGCAUCAGUUAACAACAGUUUAAAGCGAUCGUCAUGAAUCCUCUCGUGAAGAACCUCAAGAAACAACUUACUUGCUCGAUUUGUCUCGAUACCUACACCGAACCUAAAACUAUAUUAUGUCUUCAUACAUUUUGCUGUCAGUGUUUAGAGAGACAUGCAAGAGUAGUGAGCCAGAGACAAGGGAAAUUCCGAUGCCCCGAGUGUCAGACAGAAAUCGAUUUACCAGAGGGAAAUCGCUUCGACCUUUUGCCUGACAGCUUUUUUCACAAAAGUCUGUUAGGUGUCCUUGAAGCGGAAGAUUGCCAGGCCAUUCCGAGGCAACAACAGGAGACUUGCUCGCAACAUACGGAAGAAAGACUGCGAUAUUACUACUCCACGUGUGAGGCGAGUGUUUGUCCAGUUUGCGUCACCGAAGACCACCGAGGCCAUGCGUUUGACUUGCUUGAAAAAGCAGUGCAAGAGGAGAAGAAAAACAUCAUGUCGACCGUCGAGACCAUCAAGGAAAAGGCAGACUUGUUUCGAGCAGAGUUAAGAAAAUUAGAGAAAACAUCAGAGGAUGUGGAAAUGAUUAUUGCAAUCGCUAAACAAGAAGUGUCAGAGGCAACGGAACGUGUGAUCACAAAGACGCGACAACAAGAAAAACAGCUCUUAGAGUCUUUAGAAAUGACGCGUAGGAGGAGAAUAAAGCGAAUCAACUCGACUAAACAGGAACUGGAAUCUCUAGUAAAACAAAUGAAUGAAGCAGCCGACUUUGCGGAAAACCUGGUGCAGAGAAGAUCAGCAGCAGACAUCCUACAGAACAAAAGCAAAUUGAGGGAGAAACUUGAAGAGUUUCAUGGAGUUGAAGUUCCAAAACAUCGCCAGGCUACAUUUGUCAAAUUUACCGCCGCAUCGCAACACAACUUUAAACUGGGUUCUAUUCAAGUCUCCGAGAAGCCGCCAAUCGCAGCUAAAUCAACUUUAGAAGGACUAUAUCAAACUUUCCAGGCUGGUGUUGAAGCAAAGUUUACGUUGUGCCCACGGACAUCUGGAGGGGAGAUGAGUGACCACGCUGAUCUCAAAGAUCAAGUCGAAUUGCUACUAAAACCCGCCGAAGAUGUGACAAACGUGACUGUUGAUGAGGAGUACGACGGAAAUGUUAGCCUAAAGUUUACUCCCAAAGUACCUGGAGCCUACAGUAUUGAAGUGAAGAUUAAUGGCGAUAAACUACCGACCUGUCCAAUGAUUGUGCAGGUAAAAGAACGUAAACUUGUUGUGGUCGGUGAGUUGAAGCUAAAGCUCUUUCCAAGGGACACGCUUAGAUGGUUAUGUGGAAUUACUGUGAAUACAGAAGGCCAGAUAGUUGUGACAGAUGACUUUGGCGACUGUUUAUAUGUCUUUGAUAAAGAUGGCAACCAUUUGAGAACAAUUGGAAGCGAGGGUAGCAAUACAGGACAAUUUCUUUCUCCUGAUAGCAUUUCGUUUUUAAAUGACGACGAAGUCCUAAUUGCAGACUCAGGCAAUUGCAGAAUACAACAACUUAAUAUUCAGACAGGAACUGUUGUGAAAAGUUUUGGAAAAGAAGGCAGAGAAAAAGGAGAAUUUGAUAGGCCAAUAGACGUUACUGUGGAUGAUGACGAACGCAUUGUUGUAACCGAGUGGGGCAAUCAUAGGAUACAGGUGAUGUCAAAGGAGGGGGAAUCUAUUUUCACAUUUGGAGACAAAGGCCCAGAGAAACUUUUAUGGCCAAGCUGCUGCACUCUUUACAAAAACAUGUUUCUCGUAUCUGAUUUGGGCAACCACUGCAUAAAAGCUUUUGAUCAGUCAGGAACAUUCUUAUACAAGUUCGGCAAAGAAGGGAGUCAAGAUGGACAAUUUAACCCGCCGCGUGGUUUACUUGUAGGUAGCUCCGAUAAUCUUUUAGUAUGUGACUCUGGCAAUAACCGAGUUCAGCAGUUUUCUUUAGACGGUCGCUUCACCGGCAAAAGUAUCACUCGUUUAUCUAAGCCUGUGGCGAUAACAAAAGCACCAGACGGGCGUAUUCUUGUUGUUAGCCAUGAUGAGAGAGAGGUGUACAUUUUGAAAUAG